ACCCGCCACUCUGGUUCUCUGCUUCAAACCAGCCAAAUGACGUCGGAACCAGCGUGCCGUCACUUUUUCUGAUGUUUCCAGCAUCUCUGUGAACUUUCCUGGUUCUGGUCGGCAUGGACCUCCCAGGACGCUCCGCGUUCCUCAUCGACUCGCUGCUGUCACUCAGGCCGCCCGCAGCGCGUCUCUCUCGGUCAGACCCUCCGGAGCUCCGCGCCGACAGCUCCGCGCCUCCGUCCCCGCUGAGGGAGCCUCUUCCCCGCCUGGAAAGUCCGGCGCGGCCCGGUCCGGUCCAGCGGCCCCGUUGUCUGCGCUCCUCCUUCCAAAUCCGGGACAUCCUGGCGGACCGCCGGUCGCGUUCUGACCCGGGACAUCCCGAACCUGGAGCCGAACCGCUCCGACCUGGACCGGCUGGAAGCGGCGAAGUCAACGUGAACGGCGGAUUGGACCCGGCGGCACCAGGACGCCUGAGGAGAACCCGAAAGGCCCGGACAGCAUUCAGCGAGCAGCAGCUGACCCGGCUGGAAAGGAGCUUCCAGAACCAGAAGUACCUGAGUGUCCAGGACCGGAUGGAGCUCGCUGCCUCCCUGCAGCUCAGCGACACCCAGGUCAAGACCUGGUACCAGAACCGCAGAACCAAGUGGAAGCGUCAGUCCGCUGCAGGUUUGGUCUUCCUUCCGCCACCCUUCCUGUGUCCUCUGACCCAACCCAGACCGGACCGGUACCGAGCCCACGGCCACCUGACCCGAGUCCUCCACCUGCUGCCCUACGCCCACAUGGACCCGCACUGACCCAGCAGAACCGGGAGGAAGGCUUAGAACCCGUUGGUUUGUGUGACCCGAUCCAGGAGCCGGACCCAGAACCUCUCACCUGGAUCACCUGGAUC